AUGACGCCGAGCAUCAAACUAAAUUCUGGCCAUUACAUACCAUCAGUUGGUCUUGGUACUUGGCUAUCACCACCUGGGCAGGUUGGAGAUGCGGUAAAAAUCGCUCUCAACAACGGCUAUGAGCAUAUCGAUUGUGCACAUGCCUACAGAAAUCAGGUGGAAAUUGGCGAUGCACUGGCCGAUAUUUUCAGCGAAGGCAAAAUCAAGCGACAAAAUAUAUUCAUUACGUCAAAGAUCUGGAACACUUUUCAUUCUUAUCAAAUGGCCAAGAAGGGAAUGGAUAUGAUUCUUGGUGAGCUGCGCCUCGAUUAUCUUGAUUUGUGUCUCAUUCACUGGCCUCAUGGAUAUGAAGAAGGCAGUGAUUUUUAUCCCAAGGUUGCUUUUUUUCCCAUCCAAUUCACACCCAUAUUUCCUAGGAACUUAGGUGAAGAUGUGCGUAAGGCGGUUAAAUUCAUUUACGAAAAAUACCGCAUCCAAAUUCGAGCAAUUAGUUUGGGUAUCCCAUGUUAUUGA